GCGGAUGUUUUCGUUCAGUGUGGCAGAGGGAUGCCAAUUAAUCGAUCAUUGAAUUAUCGAUAUUUUUAUCGACAAUCAUCAGCUACUGACAGGUUGAAACGUCAAAAAUGAAGCGUCAACCGCGUCAACAUCUGCAUCGGUUGGUUUUUUCAUCGCUCUGCCAGAGUUGAAAAUUUUUCGUUCCGAAAAAAUAACAAUUUUUUGCCUAAAUAAUGGGCAAUUUGGACCUGGAUAAGGUGUGCCGCAUGUGCUGCGAGAAAAAGGGCCGUUUGCGACCGUUGUUUCAAGAAUCGGAAGAUUCACCGCGCCCACUGCAGGACAUAAUCUUCGACAUUUCACGGCUGCGGGUUGAAUCCGGCGAUGGGAUGCCGCAAAAGAUUUGCCGAACCUGUGCCACCACUUUGGUGAAGAUGUACGAAACCAUCGAGAGCUACCGGGCAAACGAUUUGAGGCUCCGACAGCAACUCGGAGGAGGCAUUCCGAUGCCCCUGGUCGAGAUCAAGGAGGAGGAAAUAGAUGUGGAUCUGCUGGAGAAGGCUUUCACACAGGAUUUGAAAGUUGAGAAUAUCGCCAUUAAACAGGAAAAUGUUGAAGCAGAAGAGGAAUACCUUGAUUACGAGCAGCUAGACGAGGCUGACAUAGCUGGGCAAACGGAAAACAAAGUCGUCCUUCCGAAACCGGAAGACUCCGAGGAUGACAGUACGCAAGAUGCGGUGGACACCGGCGACGAAGAUUGGCAACCUGACAAGGACAGCGCCGACGGUGACAAGGAGGAUAAUGAACCUGGCGAAAAGAAACGUCGGAAAGUGGACAGCGUUGAGGUCAAAAAGCGAAGACCACGCCGAAGACGAAAUCCAGACGAACCACCGAGAAAACCGGGACGCAAACGCAUCAGACCUAAGGAUGAUCCGAAUCGGCCACGCUUACGCGACUACAAAUGCUAUAUCUGUAUGAGUGAUUCCCAUGGUACGCCCGAAGCGCUGAUAGCUCACCUAAACAGUGCUCACAUAGAUUUGGUUCCGUACACUUGCACGGAGUGUGUAACGGAUACGACGAUUAUCAAGAGUGUCGAGGGUAUAAACUUCCACAAGCGACAGCACUUGAAUCCGGAGAAGUGCCCGUAUUGUGAUAAGAGGUAUUCCAACAAAAAUAAUGUAGAGCUGCACGUACAGUUGCACCAUCCCGGAUUGGGGGAUGUUCCGGCCGUUCCGCAGACUUGCGAAUACUGUGGAAAGGUUUUCCCUUCCAAAGCGGCUCUGUUGACGCACAUCCGGACACACACCUCGGCAGUUGCGUGCGAAAUCUGCGGUAAGGUAUUUGUCCAGCGGACCAAACUUCGAUUACACAUCGAACGCCGCCACCAGAAGGUCAAGAACUACGAAUGUCACAUUUGUAAGAAGAAAUUAACUUCAUUGGGCGCGGUGGCCAACCACAUCAAGACAUUUCACACCAAUCAAACGUUCAAGUGCAGUUAUUGUCCGAAGACCUAUACUUCGGAACUGACUCAUAGGUAUCACGAGAGAAAACACGUCGAGAAUCAGAACUAUGUGGCCGCGAAAGAGUGGAAGGAAUACUACGUCAUCCUAGAAGGAGAAGAAGGUAAAAAGGACAAGUUAAAGAAAUGUAACCUUUGCGGAUUUAUAACCCGCGGCAUGGGAACCCAUCUGUCCACAACCCAUUUUCCGACGGAAUACCGCUGCGACCAGUGCGGAAUGACAUUCAAGCGCAAGCAGAGCUACGAUAUCCACAUGCAAGUCCAUGAGCAUGGCAAGGCCCACCAUUGCCCAAUAUGUGGACGGGAAUUUGCCGAACGGAAGAACCUCCUGACCCACCUUCGGACCAAAAAGCACCAAGAUCAUCCGCUGGCCCAGGCGGUGCUCGGUACCGUGAAGCAAAAAUCAUUGCCCAAACCAAAAGAAAUCGACACCACCGUCACCACCGGUUCGGAUGUUUCGACCAAGGAGGAAUUCUCGAUGGAACUGGAAGUAGGAGAUGAGAGUUUUAUGUAAGCUUAGAAAUAUAAUAAAUUUUAUUCAUACCUAAUGGACGGUAUGUACUAGUUUAAUAAAGUUUGUUCCUUAGUUCUAUGAUUAUGAUAAAUGUUGAGAGUGGAAUCGUUUUCAAGAUGACAAAAUAUGGAAUGAUGGAAAGUAAACUUU